AUGGAUGAGUGGAUGGAUGGGUGGGUGGUGGUGUGGAGAGGCAGUGGAGCAUCCGCUUUCUCUGCAGGUUUCUGGCGGUUCAGAAGAGGCACCCUGGUCGAGCCGUGGAUUGUGCGGUUUCUCGCUAAGAGCAGUCCCUGGCCGGUGUUGGGCAUCGGGAGUACCUCGCAGUCGGCGCAGCAGCAGCAGCAGCAGCAGCAUCUGCAUCAGCACAGAGCACCUCUCAGCACGCAGGCCGAGUCGACGACGAUUGCAGCUCGUCGCAGGGCAGUGCUGGCUGGCGACGACGGGCAGAGUGUCGCUGGUGUGCGAGGGAGACGUGAGGCAGCCGGCCGCCGCUUGUUGAUCCUUGGCCUGCUUCCGACUCGACGGCUCGCGCACGCAAAAGCAUCCAGCAUCCUCGACGCUCCAGCAGCGCAGACUGCACCUUGA